AUCUUCUGCUCUCAUCAACCAUUGUUCUCUAAUCUCUUGUCUUUAGAGCAUCGAGAGCAUCAUGCAGUUUAGGAGCAUCCUUUUCUCUUUCUUCCUCGUCUUCGCGCUUGGAGUGGCCCUUGUCCACGGCGAGGAGGCCAAGCAGCCACGGGGACCUAAGGUUACCAGCAAGGUCUACUUUGAUAUCGAGCACGGUGACAAGCCAUUGGGUCGUAUUGUGCUUGGAUUGUAUGGCAAGACUGUUCCUAAGACCGCUGAGAACUUCCGCGCUCUGGCUACCGGCGAGAAGGGCUUUGGCUAUGAGGGUUCCUCUUUCCACCGUGUUAUCAAGGACUUCAUGAUCCAGGGUGGUGACUUUACCCGUGGUGAUGGCACCGGUGGCAAGUCGAUCUACGGUAACAAGUUCGAGGACGAGAACUUCAAGAUAAGGCACACCAAGAAGGGCCUUUUGAGUAUGGCCAACGCCGGCAAGAACACCAACGGUUCUCAAUUCUUCAUCACUACCGCUAUUACUGCGUGGUUGGAUGGCCGCCACGUCGUCUUCGGCGAAGUCCUCGAGGGUUACGACAUCGUCGAGCAGAUCGAGAACGCCCCCAAGGGCCGUGGUGACAGCCCCGCGGACAAGGUCAAGAUUGCCAAGAGCGGAGAGCUCAAGGAGGAGAAGGAGACCCAAGGUAGCCAUGAGGAACUGUAGACCUAAGCGGUCAUUUUGCGAUUCUUGAUAUUACGGUGCUGAUGGUCAUGAGCCUCCGACGACGAUAACGAAGACGAAGUAGUAGAAGAAAUUUCCGACAAAGUAUCACCAACUGAAGUUUCCUCUUAUUUCUACCAACAAUUGACGCUGCUGUUUGUGGUGGUGGCUGUUGUUGGAUUCUUGGUGUACCGCCGGAAGGGACGAGUGGCGGGGAAGAUGAAUGAGCGCACGGUGGUGUAGAGUUGCGUAUGUGCUUUUUUACUCUGUAUCGUGUCCAUUGUAUGUAUGCGUGUCUAAAUAUAUGGACUGUGUCAUUGCUCGGAGUGUUCAGAUCGUAUCUGCACCUGCAGGAGCGGUCAGCAUUGGCAAUGUUGGCACUACUGAUAGGGCUACCAGUGGUACUCCGUAGACACAACAACAUUACAACAGAGAGUUGUAAAUAGAGAUCCGGGAUAUGAGAUCUGUGUAUGGGCAACAUCUGGCUUGU